GCCGCUCGCUGGAAUAUCACCCUGAGUGACAAGUGACGGAUUUUACGCGCACGCCACGCAGUCCGGUUUUCCAAAAUCAAGAGGACACCGCGGCAGCGGCCAAUGCCUUUUACCAUGACUGUGGGAUUAAUAACGAUUUUGUGUGCUGUAACGACCGUUUUCGCAAUGGAAGAAACAUUAAUGGACACCCGGACCGCCACAGCAGAGCUCGGGUGGACGGCGUACCCUUCGUCAGGGUGGGAGGAAGUAAGCGGCUAUGAUGAAAACCUCAACACCAUCCGAACGUACCAGGUGUGCAACGUCUUUGAGUCCAACCAGAACAACUGGCUGCUCACCACCUUCAUUGCACGACGGGGCGCUCAGCGUAUCUACGUGGAGAUGCGUUUCACCGUCCGAGACUGCAGCAGCAUCCCGCGGGUGCCUGGAUCCUGUAAGGAGACCUUUAACCUAUACUACUACGAGACAGACUCUGUCAUCGCCACCAAGGGUACGGCGUUCUGGAUGGAGGCUCCGUAUUUGAAGGUGGACACUAUUGCGGCAGACGAGAGCUUCUCGCAAGUGGAUUUUGGUGGUAGAUUGAUGAAAGUGAACACGGAGGUGCGGAGCUUCGGCCCGUUGUCGAAAAACGGCUUUUAUUUGGCAUUUCAGGACUAUGGCGCAUGCAUGUCCUUGCUGUCUGUCCGUGUGUUUUAUAAGAAAUGCCCGAGCGUGGUGCAGAACUUUGCAAUAUUUCCAGAGACCAUGACCGGGGCAGAGAGCACCUCGCUGGUGAUUGCUCGCGGGAUGUGCAUCCCGAAUUCUGAGGAAGUGGACGUGCCGAUUAAGUUGUACUGUAAUGGCGACGGGGACUGGAUGGUUCCAAUUGGGAGCUGCACCUGCAAGGCGGGAUUCGAGCCGGAUAACGGGAACGUCUGUCGAGUUCUGCAAUUGGUCGAUUUGGCCUUCACUCAAGGCCAGUGCCAUAUUGGCUCCCUCAGGACCAAACGUGUUGAGAGAUGA